AUGGCAUCCUUUGAAGGCAAAGUGAUCGCGAUCACCGGUGCAGCCUCCGGCAUGGGCCUCGCCACUGCUAAACUGAUAGCCUCGCGCGGUGCGAUCGUAUCCCUCGCCGAUAUCAACGAGUCCGCUAUGAAGGCAGCGACCGAGUCAUUGACGGGCAGUGACAAGCACAUGUACACGGUCGUGGACGUGCGUCAUAGUCAUUCAGUUGAUGCAUGGAUCAGGUCUACUGUCGAAAAGCUGGGAAAGCUGGAUGGCGCAGUAAACAUGGCAGGAGUCAUCAGCCCGGCAAAACCGAUUACCGAGGAAACAGAUGAGACAUGGAACUUCAAUUUCGAAGUGAACGCGCGGGGCGUAUUCUUCUGUCUUAGAGCGCAGUUGAGAGCCAUGGGCGACGGAGGGAGCAUCGUUUCAGCUGCGAGUGUCUUCGGCCAAUUUGGAUCUCCUGGCGUAUCUCCGUACUGUGCCAGCAAGGCAGCUGUCAUCGGGUUAUCGAGAACCGCGGCAAAGGAGAACCAGAAGAUCCGUGUUAAUUGUGUUUCCCCCGGCUCCGUCAAUACGCCAAUGUCUCAGGGCGAAGACCCCGAAGAUGUCAAGCGUGGUUUGCAGGUCACGGCCCAGAAGCGACGGGCUGAGCCUGUCGAGGUGGCUAACGUUAUCGCAUUCUUGCUGAGCGACGAAGCAUCCUUUGUGACCGGCGCAGUCUAUAACGUUGAUGGUGGCUGGGUUUGUUAA